CACAAACCCAAAAAGGUUCUUCAUUUUCUUCUUCACUCUGUCUCUCUUCAUCUUGAUUUGGGUUUUAUCCUGCGUGGUGUAAGAGGAAAUUAGAAAUUUUUAUGUCGGUCAGCCAAAAUAUUUGAAUAUGGGGAAGGAGGCUGAAGAGUUAUUAUCAUUGGCAGGGACUUUGAAAGGCGACGUUUUGGAACCAGAAGAUAUAGCAUAUGCAGUUUUGUAUCUAGCAAGCGAAGAGUCCAAGUAUGUGAGUGGGAUGGAUUUCGUGGUUAACGGAGGCUAUAUAGUCUUACCAAUCCUACCCUUCCGAAUGCACUCAAAAGAGGAAAUUUAUGGCCUAGGGUUGAAGCUACUAAUGAAACUAUACAAACAGAUGAUUGCUGAAGCAAUCACCACAAUGAAGUAUAAGAAUGAACCUGCUGAUCAGCUCUUGCAAAGUGAAAAUGGAUCUAGGCAAAAAGCUGAGGCGCAGCUUCAGAAAGUUAAGCCAGCAAAUCAACCUCAAUCAGACCGAGUUCUUGCAAAACCAUCUGAAAGUAAGAAGACUAUAGGUCUUAGUUGUCAGGAAUGCAAAGUUCCAAAAUUUUUGGAAAAGCUCUGUUUAUUAUGUUGAAGAGAUAGUUUCAAAAAGUGUGUACAGAAAACUCACGAGCUUUGUUGUUUA